AUGCCAAUCACGACCGACUUCAAGCUCCCCGCAUCUCCCCAAAACCUCGCCCUGUCGCCAGGAGAGGGGCAGAGCGACGCCUUGUUCGUCGCAUUCAUCUCAGGCGACGACGUCAACACAAAGCAACCGUGGUGCCCCGACGUGAGAGCCGCGCUUCCGCACGUAAAGGCAGCCUUCUCCGCCGAUGGCGCGCCAGAGGCCGCUCUCUGGUCAGUCGGCCAGCGUGACGAGUGGAGGCAAAACACCAACCCGGUCCGCACAAAGUGGAACGUCCACAAUAUCCCUACCGUGGUGCGCUACCAGCGUGUCGAUGGCAAGAUUCAGGAAACUGGACGCUUGGUAGAAGGGGAGAUUUUGAACGAGAGGAAGCUGAGCGCCUUGAUUAAAGGCCAAUAG